AUGUUUACUACGGACCGCAACAACGGCCCCCCGCUGGCUACAACGGCCCGACACAACGUGCCCCGGUUAGACGCAACGAUCUCCCCCGUCAGACACCUGCUGGCUCUAACGGCCCCCAACAACGAGCCCCCGACUACCGUCGAGCUAACAGCUACCGAGCUAAUAAUAACUGGCAGGGUAACGGAGGCUGGAGAGGCAGAAACGGACGCCGGAAUAAUAGUUAUAAUCGCCGCGGCCGAUCCAACAACAAUAACGGCGGAGCCCGCUGGCAAAGUGGCUCGCGAUCCCGUGGCAGGUCCGGGCAGAGAGGCCAGCAGCAGCCACGCCAACAGCAGCCACGCCAACGGAGCAACAACUACAACAAUCAAAGUGACGGCAGAUGUGCACCGCGAUGCUGGAAACCAAGGACAUCGGAGGGAAACAGCAGGGCCGGAGGAACAAGGUGAGCUGGGGGGGCCCCCUCCUCGACCUUUGGCUCAGUCUUCUCCUGCUCCUCCCCCCACCACCACCUCCCCCCAUGCCUCUGAGGAUUCCACCUUCUCCUUUGUCCCUCCCACCCCCGCCUCACCAACCCGCCCCGCGGCACAAGCUGAGCCGCAACCUGACCUCGACACCGAUGGGUUAACUGAAGCUGACGUUCUGGGGAACAUGAGAGCUCGACUCGAGGUGCUACGCUCUACCACUGGUGAGGUGGUGGCCACUGAGAUUCCCGAUCCGGGCUUGGAGGCCCUUGACCCUCUCAGCAUCACGAUCUCAGAUGUUGAGACCCCACGUAGAGCUACUGUGCAGCCCUCUCGUGGACAGAUCAUCACAGAAGCAGCACAGACUUCUCUGUUGGACAGAGGCCUGACCUUUGUCCCGUCCAUCCAGAGGCAAACCAACAAAGAGGUGAGGGAUAUUCUUAGGGCUGAUUUACAGAGCUAUCAUAGACAUCUCAAGUUAGCUGUGUAUUACCAGGACAGAAGAGAUUCGAUACAGCUACCUUUUUUACCAAAGUCUAAUUGGUCUCCUGCCUUAGCCCAUCUUCCUUCAGAGGUUUCCCAUUUAAUCCAACUCGACAUGACUGCUCUCCAAAAUGACUAUAGAGUCGGUUGGACUAAAUCUAACUUGUCACGCUAUGAAUUAGAAGCUCUUGACCAACUUAGCUCUAAUAAUAAUCUGGUGAUUAAACCAGCGGACAAGGGAAGCGCUGUGGUCAUAUUGGACAGGGAGGAUUACCUCCAAGAGGGUUUUAGGCAGCUAAAUAACACUUAUUAUUAUAAGAAACUAGAUGGACCCAUCUUUAAACAAACUAUUCCUAUGGUUGACAAGAUUGUGAACACUUUACAUGCCAAAAGUUCAUUAACACCAAGCAGAAGAAUUUCCUCCUGA